CGCCCUCUAGUGUCUACUGUGAAUAACAACCAGUUGACACUGUUCAACAUCAGUGAAGAUGGCGGAGGGGGAAUUGAACGUGGAUAGCCUCAUCUCUCGUCUUCUGGAGGUGCGAGGAUGUCGUCCGGGGAAGAUAGUCCAGAUGACUGAGGCAGAGGUACGUGGCCUUUGCAUCAAAUCCAGGGAGAUCUUCCUCAGCCAGCCAAUCCUGCUGGAGCUCGAGGCUCCUCUGAAGAUUUGUGGUGACAUCCAUGGGCAGUACACUGAUCUGCUGAGGCUGUUUGAGUAUGGAGGCUUCCCUCCUGAAGCAAACUAUCUCUUCCUGGGUGAUUAUGUGGACAGAGGGAAGCAGUCCUUGGAAACAAUCUGCCUUUUGCUUGCCUACAAGAUCAAAUACCCAGAGAACUUUUUCCUGCUAAGAGGAAACCACGAGUGUGCUUCCAUCAACCGCAUCUAUGGAUUCUAUGACGAGUGCAAGCGCAGAUUCAACAUUAAGUUAUGGAAGACCUUCACAGACUGCUUUAACUGCCUCCCCAUUGCAGCCAUCAUUGAUGAGAAGAUAUUCUGCUGCCAUGGAGGGCUUUCACCUGACUUGCAGUCAAUGGAGCAGAUCCGCAGGAUCAUGAGGCCAACAGAUGUGCCAGACACAGGCCUCCUGUGUGACCUGCUGUGGUCGGAUCCUGAUAAGGACGUGCAAGGCUGGGGAGAAAAUGACCGUGGAGUCUCCUUCACCUUUGGGGCUGAUGUGGUCAGCAAGUUCCUAAACCGCCACGACCUGGACCUCAUCUGCAGAGCCCACCAGGUUGUGGAGGAUGGAUACGAGUUCUUUGCCAAACGCCAACUGGUCACACUUUUCUCGGCUCCAAACUACUGCGGGGAGUUUGAUAAUGCAGGCGGCAUGAUGAGUGUGGAUGAGUCUCUCAUGUGCUCCUUCCAGAUCCUAAAGCCCUCAGAGAAGAAGGCAAAGUACCAGUACGGUGGGGUCAAUUCUGGUCGGCCUGUGACCCCACCGCGCACCACCCAAGCUCCCAAAAAGAGGUGAACACCCAGCUGUGGCUUUUCUCCCCACUCCUCGUCAUUUUUAUCCAUUCCAGAUAACCUAAUAACGCCCCUUGAAGAAAGAACAUCAGGGCUUAUCUGAUUGUCCAAAUCCUACUCCUCUCAGCCAGCCUCUCGUCAAAACCACUGACAGCUUUUUUCUUAAUGUGGAUGUGUAUAUAAACUUGCUGUGAUUUAUCUGUUAGGGUUUUUUGCCUUUAUGUUAAGAUUUUUUUUUUUUUUUUUUUUGAUAAAAUGAUUAAAAGUUAACCUAGUUGUGGUUUAAUGCUUAUGCUACUUGAGGUUAUCUGGGAGUCUCUGCUGUGUAAGGAAAGGUUUUGUUUUCCGUCUGAGUGAGAUGACAAGGUUAACAUAAAAGACACAUUUUUUUGGUCUUCGUGAAAACUAAAUGAAGAUUUGACAUUCUUUUACUUUAACCUUUAAGAGGGAAAAAAAAAAGAUUCAUCUUGUGUGUUUUAAUCGGGUCUGCAUAUAAGCUGCAGCUCCAAACCAACAGACGAAAAAAGAAAAAGAAAAAAAAUGAUUUCAACUGAACACAGCAUGUGUAGUACUUUUAGUGGUUCUUGUGCACAUGUAAUUUUUUGUCAACUGUUAAUAAAGAGCAUCUUCAUAUUUGAAUGAACAAAUUAGGCUCCUUUAACUGUGGACUGCAUCAGAAUGUCUUCUUGGCAUUGGUUUGUCUAUUUCCGUUUUUCUUCCUGUACCUCAUCUCUAAUCCUACACAAAAAACAUGCUGCUUUCUUUCAAUAGCAGGUAUUGAUGCUGUUCUGUCAUUAUUUUUUUCAUCCUGAUUGUUUCCACCCUUCCUCCCUUCCUCUUAUCCUCUCGAUUUGAUGACUGAUCAGACAGUGUUAUGAAUGUCAUGGGGGUUGGCAAGUAUUGUUAUAAGUUGAUGAUAAAUCAAAUUACAAAAAUAAGAACCUCAGAGACCGCCAUUAAUAUUUAACCAUUUUAUUCUAAGGUUGUUUAAUACUAGCUUUCUUCUCCUCACCCAUUCAGCUGAGGUACAAGGUGAGAAAACCAGCAGAGCUGGGAGUGGGCGGGAAGUUUUAGCUUUGUUGUGCGAUUGUGUUGCCACCUGGUGUGUAAAUAUGAGACUACGGUGCAAAAAAGAAAAA